AUGGAUAAUGAGAAGGUCACUAACCUUGAUUCUUCGGCCCCAUACAAUGAAGGUCAUGUUUAUGGAAAUUUGAAUCUCGGCCCUAAUCAUCGAGCCGGUCAUUCUAGCCUACCCCUUAGAAUUGGCCAAGGUUAUGGCAACUUAAAACCUGGCCUUAGUACUGGAGCUGGUCAUUCGAGCCCACCUCCUAAACCUGGAGCUGGUCAUUCUGUCCCACCUCCUGGAAUGGGCUAUGUUUAUGAAAACUUGAAGUAUGACCCUAGUCGUGGAGCCGGUCAUUUUGGCUCACCUUUUAGAAUGGGCCAUGUUUAUCAUAACUUGAGGUCUGUCCCUAAUCCUGGAGCUGGUCAUUCUGGCCCACCUGGAAUGAGCCAUGUUUAUGGCAACUUGAGGUCUGUCCCUAGUCCUGGAGCUGGUCAUUCUGGCCCACCUGGAAUGGGCCAUGUUUAUGGCAACUUGAGGUCUGUCCCUAGUCCUGGAGCUGGUCAUUCUGGCCCACCUGGAAUGGGCCAUGUUUAUGGCAACUUGAGGUCUGUCCCUAGUCCUGGAGCUGGUCAUUCUGGCCCACCUGGAAUGGGCCAUGUUUAUGGCAACUUGAGGUCUGUCCCUAGUCCUGGAGCUGGUCAUUCUGGCCCACCUGGAAUGGGCCAUGUUUAUGGCAACUUGAGGUCUGUCCCUAGUCCUGGAGCUGGUCAUUCUGGCCCACCUGGAAUGGGCCAUGUUUAUGGCAACUUGAGGUCUGUCCCUAGUCCUGGAGCUGGUCAUUCUGGCCCACCUGGAAUGGGUCAUGUUUAUGGCAACUUUAAGCCUGACCCUAGUCUAAGAGCCGGUCAUUUUGGCCCACCUGAUCCUGCAACGGGCCAUAUAUAUUGA